UCAUCAUCAUCAUCAUCAUCAUCAUAUUCUGUUUUUGUUUGCGAAAUGGCUAGGAAGAAGGUUAAGCUGGUAUUUAUUCAAAAUGACUCAGCCAGGAGAGCCACCUUCAAGAAAAGGAGGAGGGGGAUAAUGAAGAAGGUGAGGGAGUUGAGCACACUGUGCGGUGUGAGUGCGUGUGCCAUCGUGUACGGUCCCUACGAGUCAGAGCCCGAGGUUUGGCCUUCCCUACCAGAAGCCAAACGUGUGGUGUCUCGGUUCAAGAGCUUGCCCGACAUGGAACAAUGCAAGAAGAUGAUGAACCAAGAAGAGUUCCUGAUGCAGAGGAUCGCCAAACUCAGGGAGCAACUGAAGAAGCAGGUGAAGGAGAACCAAGAGAAGGAGAACACUAAACUCUUGUUCCAGUGCAUGAGUGGUGAAAAGGAUCUCAACGAUCUCACCCUCGAGAAUCUGGGCGAUCUGGUAUGGCUCGUCGAUGGUAGGAUGAAGGCCAUUCGAGAUAGGAUCCAACUCCUCGCCAGGUCCCCUCCACCUGUUCCCCAUCUCCCUCCCCAUCCCCAUCCCCAUCCCCAUCCUCAGUACAUGAUGAACAUGCCCACCACCACCAUGGAUAUUUGUGAUCAGAGGAUCACGAGGAACAACAACAACACUCCUGCUGCUGCUGCUGCUGCUGCUAUGAGAGAUCAAGUGAAUAGUGGUGGAGGAGAUCGGAUGGCGGCCAUGGAGGCUGUGCAUGCAGGACAUCCCUCUUGGUUCAUGGAUAUGAAUAUGAAUAUGAAUAUGAUGAACCACAAUGAAAACAUGGGCUUCCCUGCAACCAAUGAAGUGGUGAUGCCCUCCUAUAUGGAUAACAAUACCUGGACCAAUAAUCCUUUCUUUUCCUGA